GCAUGCCAAGGACGCAGACUUUAUUUGCCCUCGUCCUCCAGACCUAAACAGAGAUUGCCUUGAUCCCCACAGUGAAAGGCUUUCGGGCCGUCCAAGUACCGCUGUCUAGAAAGGCUAGGUACGGUCUGCCAAGAGCUGCAAGAGACAACAGGCCUUCGACGAGAAUAUAGCUUAAAACUAUCUCUCGCCUCCCCGAUACAAGUCAAGCUUCCAUGCGGUUUAGACGCUUUCAUGCUUCACCCAACUGUUUGCGCUCGUUCGAAGUUGUCUAUCGUUCACAAUACUCAGGGUUAGACAAGAUCAUCGACGGAUCAACUCCUAUCUUCACCUCAAGUAAAUCAGGUCAAAUUCGCCAUCACGGAGUACGCGAACAUGCUGUCUAAUCCACUUCAACGGUUUUCUCCGUACCAUGCAUUGCCAUCUAAUACACUGCUUUCGAAUGCUCAUGUGCCUGGGGGCCACCUCCACGCCGCUAGUCUAGAAACCUUCGGCCACGGAUCGCAGUAUACUCUUCAGCACCUUCAACAACACGUAGGAGUUCAUGCACCUCAUCUAGCCCGAGCACCACAACCUAAGCACCGCCAACAUCCUUAUGGGGGUCCGAGCACGAGGGCCACUGGGACAGCUGGCCCCAUCAGAAGAAGGAUAAGCAGGGCGUGCGACCAAUGCAAUCAACUGAGGACUAAGUGUGAUGGACAGCACCCUUGUGCCCAUUGCAUAGAAUUUGGACUGGGCUGUGAGUAUAUUCGAGAGCGAAAGAAGCGAGGCAAAGCCUCUCGUAAGGAUCUAGCCCAGCAAGCUGCGGCCCAGGCCGCCGCCUCUGCCGCCCAGAAUGGAGAUAAAUCGCCAAAUCCGAAUGACGAUAACGAGCCUUCCGCAGAGCAUCAAACGGAUAGUACGUCCUCUGUAAAGCCAGAGUCGCAAACGAACUCCAGUGAAAAGGCGCUCAACGACAUCAACGAAGAUGCCAUCCAACGCAGCCAAAGGACGGGAAGUCUUGACAGUUUAGCAGAUCUUAGUUCUCAUCAACCUCAUGUGACAGGGCACCCAGGAGGAAUGGAUGGGGACAGACUCGACAGCCCUACUUCUUUAGAUCUGAAUGGAUAUGGGAACGUUCAGAACCCAUACGAUAGGCCAGUCAUGGGACAUUUAAUGGGGGGACCAACACACAACGGAUACGGCUCUAAUCAAGGCAAUCUCUCCUCGAACUACCCCGAGAUUCCUUAUGGACUGCAGACACAAAGCCCUCCUAGCUACUCGACCAACCCUCAACAGACGUUUCGGAUAGGUACUAGCCCGCUCAGCGCAUACCCCAUUGGUGGGGAGCCUACGUCGCCGGGAUGGAUGUCGAUGUCCUCACCUCCUCCGCAGUUCCAAUCCCACAUUCCGCAAAACAACUAUCACCACCAGCUGAGGUACCCAGUUCUCAACCCACUGAUACCCCAUCUCGGAAACAUCAUUCCCGUUUCGCUGGCUUGUGACUUGAUCGAUUUGUAUUUUGCUAGCUCAUCCUCAGCUCACGCACACCCCAUGUCACCUUACGUUCUCGGCUUCGUCUUUCGAAAACGGUCCUUUUUACACCCGAGCAAGUCGCGCCAGUGCCAACCAGCAUUAUUAGCAAGUAUGCUCUGGGUGGCAGCACAAACGAGCGACGCCCCAUUCCUAACCAGCGUUCCCUCUGCCAGGGGUAAAAUAUGCCAGAAACUUCUCGAGCUGACUGUUAACCUGCUUAAGCCAUUGAUCCAUACGCCGUCAGGAGAGGCUUCGCCCGUCUCUAGUCCAGUAAUAGACGGUGUGGCAUUAGGGGGGUUGGGAGUUGCUCUUCCCGGUUCGAUGAGCUUAGAAAACCUGACGGGAGAAUCCGGGGCUUUCGGUGCUGCGGGAACACUAGACGACGUGGUCACUUAUAUCCAUCUAGCUACCGUAGUUUCAGCGAGCGAAUAUAAGGGAGCUAGCCUCCGGUGGUGGAACGCCGCGUGGUCUUUGGCGAGAGAAUUAAAGCUGGGCCGAGAACUUCCGUAUAGCCCUCCUUCGAUGGUGCAAGGAAACAGUGGAAACGAAGUCGAUGCAGACGGCGAGACAGAGGAUGGAUUAGGCAACAACACGACCCCCGGAACCGUCAGCGAAGAGGAGCGCGAAGAGCGAAGGCGUAUCUGGUGGCUCACGUAUGUCGUGGACCGCCACUUGGCACUAUGCUACAACCGGCCGUUGUUCCUCCUGGAUAUCGAGUGCGAGGGUCUUCUCCAGCCCAUGGAUGACACCGAAUGGCAAAACGGGAACUUCCACUCCAGCACGACAGAUCCGGCCUUGGCAGAGCAAUCCGGACCCGAUGGGAGCCGGGUUCGGGGGCCUCACUUCGAAUGCACCGGCCACAGCAUCUUCGGCUACUUUCUCCCCCUGAUGACUAUUCUGGGCGAGAUCGUCGACCUGCACCACGCGCGCAACCACCCACGGUUCGGCAUCGGAUUCCGCUCCGCGCGCGAAUGGGAUGACCAGCAAGCGGAGAUCGUGCGGCACCUCGAGUCGUACGAGCAGAGCCUGAAGAAGUUCGAGCAGCGGCACUUCAACGCCAGCUCCGAGGACAAGAACGAGCAGGCGGCCACGCUGGAGAUGCCAUCGGAGCUCGACCAGAUCGGCUCGCCGUCGGGGCGCUCAGUGCACACGAGCUCCUCGCGCAUGACGGAGUCGGACAUCCAGACGCGCAUCGUCAUGUCGUACGGCACGCACGUCAUGCACGUGCUGCACAUCCUGCUGACCGGGAAAUGGGACCCCAUCAACCUCCUCGACGACAACGACCUCUGGAUCUCGUCGCAGGGCUUCAUCACCGCGACCGGACACGCCGUCUCGGCCGCCGAGGCCAUCAGCAACAUCCUCGAGUACGACCCGGGCCUCGAGUUCAUGCCCUUCUUCUUCGGCAUAUACCUCCUCCAGGGCUCGUUCCUGCUGCUGCUCAUCGCUGAUAAGCUCCAGCUCGAGGCUUCGGCGAGUGUUGUUCGCGCGUGUGAGACGAUCAUCCGCGCGCAUGAGGCGUGUGUUGUCACGCUGAAUACGGAGUAUCAGCGGAACUUCAGCAAGGUAAUGCGCAGUGCUCUCGCCCAAGUCCGCGGCCGCGUGCCCGAAGACCUCGGCGAGCAACACCAGCGCCGCCGGGAACUUCUGGCGCUGUACCGGUGGACGGGCGAUGGCACCGGCUUAGCCUUAUGAGCUACCUAGGCACCUAGGUGUCUAUCUGUCUGGGUAAGGUACCUGCUAUACAAUGUAGUCUUUCAAUGUACAUAAAUGUAGACACAUAAGGGGGGAUUGGAGAAGGGGGGAAAGGGGGUUGGUGUCAGGCGUUUGUGAUUGAUUACCUACUUACAUCUACGGGGCUAUAUUAAAAACGGACAAUGGGGGGUUGGUGUGUGGUGUGGCCUUGCUUGGUUGCUUGUUUUGUUUUGCCCUUUAAAGCGGUCCCUACCUAGCCUACCUACAUAUGUGUGUGUAUGAGGCAGAGAGGCAUGCUAGAAAUGAACGAUUCCUGAGAUAUGAUUAGUGAACUGGGUUUGGAACUACAUGUAUGUAUGGUUAUGAUUUAAUGUUGGAUGGAAAUGUAGCGAAUAUCUUUUCUUUUUCUUCUUCUUCUUGGGUCGCUCAGAGUAAGGAGUUGCGAAUACAUACAUACCUACUAGGUACAUUAUGAAUAAUAGGUACUAUCUACAGACACCCUGCCUAGGUAUCUAGAUAA